AUGGGCAUACCGCGCUUGACGCAAUGGCUUCGCAGCACCUUCCCCGAUGCAUUUGCGCUAGAGGCAGAUCUCCAAGCCGAGCAUGUGUAUCUGGACGUGAAUUGCAUACUCCACGAAGCUUUGGGCGCCUUGGGCGGGUCUGCCCCAGAGGAAACGUUCCUGCGCCACGUCUUUCAGCGGCUAGAGAUCAUCUUGGCGCAGAUUCACUGCAGCGCUUCUUUGUAUCUGGCCUUGGACGGCGCAGCUGCAGCUGCCAAGGACAGUACUGGCGCCAAUGCCAUCAGAGCAAGAAUAAAGCGCUUUACCUACUUGCAAAGUGCAAAUCCGCCAGAAGAGAAUCGCCCGGAGGUGUCCGAGCAACGGCGACGUCGACGUGCCAGGUUGGACCACCUCCUGCCAAAGCUCUUUGCCGAGCAGAACGAGGACCAGGCGCUGCGUCUAGGCCAUCUAGCUCUGAUCUCCGACGACCCAGACAAUGCUGAGAAGCUGUCUCACAACAAGAGGUGCAAGAAUGUACUGGAUAUAUGUUGGCAGGUUAUAGGUAGCGACAUCCUCACCUCACAUGAUGACUCGAUCAGCAUCCUCGUGAACUUGCUGGUGCCAUCUGCGACCCGGUCGGAGGUUUUCCGCGGCCUCGCCGAGUUUGCAAGGGAGAAGGGGACCAUCGAGAUGCUGUUGAAGCAUGUUGACAUGCCAGCCCUCGGACACCACUUGGUCAAGGCGGUCAGCCGAUGUGGGAAUGUGGAAGACCGGGAUGUUGCACAAGCGUGCAGCCUGACAGCGGCAUCCAUGGAAAAUGCUGAGGAUAGGGUUGCUUUCUGCAACUUCAUCAUCAGCCAAGAUGGUGGGGACUCCUUCAUGCUGAAGCUUUUCGAUGCAUGGCCGUGGCAGUUUGGAAGUUUGCAGCUUAUUGAGACCCUGGACAGCUUCCUGAUCAGUCCCGUGGACAACUUGAUGUGGGAUGCGCAAACAGCGAACAGGCAGGAGUUCGCCGAGAAGUGGCUCACUUUCCUGAUUCGUCAGUUCCUGGAGCCUGCUGCAGAGAGCACCACUUCGAUGCAGGCCCUCGGCGAUACUUUGCAAGUCAAGGAUAGCACCUUCCGGAAGAUCCUCCUGACACAGGAAUCCUUGUUGGAGCACUUGGUGUCCAACUUGGUUGUCAGCUUGCUGACGAACAGACAGGAUCAUUGCAGGAUUCGUGCUGCGAUGUAUGCUGCCCUGCACGUGGCUUCAUCCCGCGAGCCGUCAGCUUUGCCGCACUUGGCGAACCAUGCGCGCUUUGACACGCUGGUAGCAUUGGCAGUCGAGAACAUGCAGCUGGCUAUGGAGGAGAUUGGUGAGAGAAAAGAGCACGACAUCAUCAACGUGCUGACGAUCUUUCUUCAGAAUGAAGCAACCAAGAAAGCAUGGCCCAAUUCCAUCAUUAACUUGACAGAAGGUGGCAUAGACAAGCCACUUUACAAGCUGGCAGCCACGUUCAUGGACGAAGCCCCUGCGAAGCAGAGGUCUGCCGAAGCUGCAGCGCCGGAGAAGGGUCAAAGCAAAACUCAGCUCACCAACUAUAUUCUCAAGGAGCUGGCCUCGGGGCGUGUGGAACAGCGACUCCAAGCCGCCUUGGAACGGGUGCGAGUCAUAUUGGAUGCAACCAAAGAUCCACAAGCAGCUGGCGACGUGCACCAUCAGUACGAAGAUAAGUACUUGCUGGUGGAGGGCGUGACCAAUGCAGCAGUUGCAUCGCAACUGAACUCGUUUAGUGCCCUGGGCCUGACCAUGCAGCAGGUGCAGAAGCUUCAAGAAUGGUCCAAAGACAAAGUCGUGUCGUUUCAAUUCAAUGCCGAGGAGGCAUGCAGUUACCUCCGAGAGGAAACUCGGGAAGAAGAAGAUCCGACAAGGCAUGUCGAAGAGGUUUCAGUUCGCGGUGCGUUGCAGGCUGCAUUCACAAGCAAGGUGGUAACGAAGAUAACAGAGUACUUCUGGAAGUUCGAGGCCAAGUAUGAACUGGUGGCAAUCAGAGGAGUUGGCGAAAGUGCUGAUGACCGGCUGUGCUUGGUGACACGUACAGGGCAAGCAGAACUGAUAACGUCGGCGAAGCAAUCCCCGCGCCCAGAGGUGAAGAAGCCAGCCGCCAAACUGCAGGUGAAUGUGAGCUGGCUCUUCCGCAAUUUAAAGAACGACAAAGCUGUGCCUGGCUUCACCGUGGACCGGCUGGCCAAACACUGCAAAACUCCGAGACGCAACGGAGAUGUUCACCAGGCAUACAACCACUGCGAGCGCCUUGCCGUUUUCGCAAAGCAGGUGUCCACCUACCUCUCGGGUCUCUUCCAAGUACAGACUGCUGCCAAGAAGUCCCUUGACCUCGGGGCACUCCGAGAUGACAGCAUUUUCAGCCCUGUUCUUCCAGUUAUGGUCCAGAGCUCACAGGAGGCAAUCGAAGAUCUGGGUCCUGCCAGCGAGAGCAUAGUCCUUGUGGAGGCGGUCCGUGAGGAGGCUCAAAGCAACGUGCAGCUUACGGUCCAGGACUCUAAUCGAUUGCUUCAGGAAGAAGUGCGGAGUCUGAAAGGGAAGCAGACCGACCUUGCAGAGGCCUUCCCAGAAGAGGGCCUCGCGACUAGGGCAGAGGCCUUUGCAGUCGUCACUUUGCAGCAUGUCGCCCGAGUGUGUUCCAGCUGGGCCGAUGCAGUCGGCUACGUAGAGGACAUGCUCCGCAAGCAGUUGGCUGCCGCCAUCGGGAAGGAGGUCUCCCCUGGAGAUUUUGCCGCCUACAUGAGGUUUCAUUAUCGCAAACUCUUUCACGAGGCAUUCCUGCCGAAACCUCUCUGCUUCUCUGUGCGCCGUUCUGACACACACAGCCCGGAGGGAACAGUGAGUAUCGAGGAGGCAGUGGUUGGGUCUGGUGGCGACUCCAACAUCAACAGUCCCAUCGUCACCAUGGUGGCUAGCACCGCUGAGUCAGCUCCCAUGACCUUUCCGCUCAAUGCUUCGACGAACGUGACUUUUGCUGGGGAGACGCACCUUCACGCCUGGCUCUCACACCAGUUCUCGGGACAGUCGGGUUGUGAGCUGUCGUUGGUUGCGCGUGCAAGGCAAUUCAGCUCAAUGCUGGUUCUGAUCGGACGGGUUUCGUCUGCAACCAGCUUUGACCCGAAAUAUGCCGCCAUUAUCCAGAACAAGGAUGAGCUGACCAUACCCUUGAAUCUGUCGACGAUUCCAUCCCCAAAGGAAUUCAAAGACGCCAUUGAGUCUCUUUCACCAGAACAGCAAGCCUUCGCGAAAGCCUUCCGCGCGAUGCAACUCGAGUCGACCUUGUUUGGGGUGCUCGUGGUGCAGAUUAAGCCACAGCUGGAGCAAGUGCUGAAUCUGGCAGACGACAGUUUGACGAAGGAGAUCAAGCUGACACAGGAUUUGAUGCAGCUUUUCAUCAAGUAUCAGAUCCCUAGUGACUUGCUCUCUUUCGAUGCCAGUUCGGGCGAGGCGGAGAUCUUGAAUCCCACAGCAGCCGAGAGGUUGGAGCGCGUGAAGGGGCACGUGCAGGCGAUGCAUGAGAUGCUUGCCCAGGCGAAGCAAGACGACCUCCAGGAGCGAGAGAGGGAGGUUCUCUACAACGAUCCUUUCGCCUUUGAGAGAGGAAGCGGGCGCACGAUGGUCAGGGAGGCACUUCAGCUUUCAGCUGCUGCGGUGAAUCAAAGCGUUCCCAUCAUGAUGGGCGGCGCCGCACCUCCCCUCGGUGCAGCUCCCGGCGGUGCACCUCGUCGGGGCACCCGGGACUACACGCAGGUGCCAGUUGAAAUGGACCAACGCUUCGAGAAGCUGGACACCGAUAAUUCCCUCCGGCCCACCAUCAUCAACCCGGGAGAGCGGUGGACAAAGCGGUCUCAGAAGGCACUGUUGGCCAGCCCUUCCACGUCCCAUUUGUCCAAGGCGGAGCAGAAGACGGAAAGAGAGGCUGCUUUCGACCUCCUCGAUGCCCUCACGAAGUCAGGGGCGCUGCCCUUGACGCAUGCGAGCCUGCAUGUGGUAGUAGCAGCCACGCACUGCUUCGACAAGACCGUCACGGAGACUGUCAUCCAGAACAACAUCAAUCCCAUUGCGAAAGUUGAGCGAUCCUCACUCAUCAUGGCCUCCACGGUGCACCAGAAACCGGUGCCAGACUUAAUCAAAGAUGAGCAAGUCCAGAGAGUGACGGACAACUCCCCACAGCUCUUCCUGAAAGAGCUUGAGAAGCUGACCGAAAGUGUUGACUUCCUCAUAUUCCCCGCCGACCUGAAUGCAGCAGAGCGAAAGCAUGCACACGAGGCGAAGUGGGAGUCUGGGGUCCCAUGUAAAAGAAAGUUUGAGGCCUUCGGGCACCAGGCUGGGUUUUCGGGCAACCCCCAAGUCUCGAGGUGGUGA